AAAAGUUUUUUAAAAAUAUAUAUAUAUAUUCAACCUCAUUUCUUCAAUUUUCAUUAUUUGAGGGAUAGAAUCGUCAAUUGUCAGGAAAAUAUAAAAUAUCCAUCGUAAUUCUCUCGGAGAAUCUACACCUCCCGUUUAGUUAUCACGAAAGCGAUUGAACUGACAUAAAUACCCCCGAAUAUUCUUGUUCAUCCGGAGAAGCUUGAGGCUACAAUCGUCUUUUACGCUGUACAUAAAUAAAUUAAUUAGCUCAAUCCGUUGAGACCGCACACCGAAGACAAGCUGAUCAACUUCUUUUCCGACACUCUUUUGACGAAACUCAAACAAUGCCUCUGUCUCUGCGUCUCGCUCCAUCUCCGACUGCUUUAGCUCCGACAACCGGCGGAUUUAGUCCUGCGAGAAAGCAGUGUCGUAUCCCUUACUCCGGCGUGGCGACGACAACGACGAGGAUUGGUUUUUGCUCAUUGGAUUAUGUGAAAAGGGGAGACUCCUCUGUGGUGAGGUGUAGCUUAGAGACCGUGAAUGUCAGUGUUGGUCAAGUGACGGAAGUGGAUAAGGAUACCUUCUGGCCCAUCGUUAAAGCCGCCGGUGAAAAGAUUGUGGUACUUGACAUGUACACUCAAUGGUGUGGUCCAUGCAAAGUGAUUGCUCCUAAAUACAAAGCUUUAUCGGAGAAGUAUGAUGACGUUGUGUUUCUAAAGCUUGACUGCAACCCAGAGAACAGGCCAUUGGCAAAGGAGCUAGGAAUAAGAGUGGUUCCAACUUUUAAAAUAUUGAAGGAUAACCAAGUGGUGAAGGAAGUUACGGGUGCCAAAUAUGAUGAUCUGGUUGCAGCCAUUGAAACAGCAAGGUCUGCUAGUUCUUCGGGAUGAACCGAUCCCCAUUGUCCUUUACUUGUAAUAUGGCUGUAUCAAUGUAGCAAACUCUUUGUUGGUGUGACUCUGCUUUUGUAUGUGUAAAUGUUUUCAAGAAAUAUGAUGAUCAAAAUAUAUAUUCCA